AUCACUUGCUGGCGAGCCCUUUUAUUGUGUAGCUAGCUAACAGCUUUACCUAGCAUUGGCUACUGUAGCUAGCUAGGUUAAUUAGUCUGUUGUAUUAUUUAUUUAUAGGUUGCUAUUAUUAGUGUUAUAUUUAGACACCGGCAGCUCUCUGUAGGCUCUCAAGCUACCCAGCUUGCUCAUGUGGUUGACUUCCCGUCGUCGGGUUGCAACAAAAAGCUUAUCGGUAGCUAAAGCGUAGCUAGCAAGCUAACUAACCAUUUUCGGUAGUGUAAUGUUCCGCCGGCUGGCAUUGUUGGCGCAGUUCCCUUUUGUCGACAAAUGUUAGUUCGCUAGCUACCAAAUAACGGCAGCGUCACCUGCUGCUGCUGGAAAUUCAGGGGUCGACACUUCUAGUUCCUUCAAUUAAUAUACUGAACAUUAGUAUUCAGGAUCUGACUGGAUGCCUUUCAACCAUCAACUGUUUGACCCUUGAAAAGCAGAUCGACAGCUGUCAUCUGCUUCCUUGGCUUGGGCAACAGCCAUGGCGAAAGAUCCCUUAGCAGAGGCCGGCCUUCACUUUGACGAGCUGAACAAGUUGCGGGUGCUAGACCCAGAGGUCGGCCAGAAGACCACAGAGCUCAAGGAGGAGUGCAAAGAGUUUGUGGACAAGAUUGGUCAGUUUCAAAAGAUUGUUGGUGGGCUAAUCGAGCUGGUGGAUGAACUGGCUAAGGAAGCUGAGACAGAAAAGAUGAAGGCCAUCGGCGCCAGGAACCUGCUGAAGUCGGUGGCCAAGCAGCGGGAGGCCCAGCAGAUGCAGCUGCAGGCUCUGAUUGCAGAGAAGAAGAUGCAGCUGGAGAGGUACCGCAUCGAGUACGAGGCGCUGUCCAAGGUGGAGGCCGAGCAGAGCGAGUUCAUCGACCAGUUCAUCCUGCAGAAGUGAGCUUGUGGAGGGGCCUGCUUUUGGUGUGCCCAAGUUUACAGGGAGUACUUCUGGGCCUCACGUAGAACAGGCCCCUGUCACAUAAACUCAGACAGCUUUAUCUCCCCACAACAUUACGAAAGGACGGAGGCAUCUAGAAGGAAAAUCAUAUUCGUAUACACAACCAGAGACGGCAAUGCAGGCUGUUUUAUCCCUUUUAUUUUCUACGAAGAGGAAGAGAGGAUAUUUUGCAAUUGUUGGUGUGAUUUCCAACAAAUAUUAGGAUUUAUUGUGUGCCAGUUGAGUUCAUGUACUUAGGACCAAAAAUGCUAUGUUUUUGACAUCCUGUCACACAACUAGCACAAAUGGAAAAGCUAUUUAUCUACCAAUGCGCUUGUUAUUUAUACUAUUUAUACCAAAUAAGCUGUUCUGUAUAGCUGGCUUGUUUUUAUUAAUGAAAAAUACAAAAAUACAGGAAAUAAUUGAAUGGUACUGUAAUUCAUUUCAUAAUUAUGAAUCUUUGUAUUAUUUUCAGUAUUGUUAUAUUUACCAUUUUCAGCAUUGCAGAUGUUGGUUCCGUGUGACUUAUGUGUUAUUCAGAUGUUAUAACCGAUAUUUGGACCGGGCCACAGGCAAAUAUUUUGUGAAAACAGGAAAUUCAGUUUGUUUCAUUUGAAGUGAUACAGACAGUGUACAUUCUAAACGUAAAUGCUUUUUGUUUACAUGUGUACGGGCAUAAUCUUUGUUACUUCUGGUACAUAAUCCACAUUUCUUAUAAUGUGCCUUAAAAACAAGUGCAAAGCGUAAUAAAAUUGCAGAUUACUUGAAUUUCA